AUGAGGGGUCUGUUUUCUAAACCUGUCCUCCUGUUACUGUGGAUUCAGAGUGUAUAUGGAUGGAUGCAUUCUAAAUGCUACAUUUAUGAUAACCCUGAAGACAUUGAAUACAUGCCAGAUGGCUAUUGCUUACACAGUGUUUCAAAGGGUGUCACAGCUUCCUGUCAGUAUGUCACAACCAUCAAAGAAGAUUUUCAUGGAGUCCCUGAAAACAUAAAUUCUCUCUGCAUAUACAUGACUGACGGUAAUAUGGGUGUCAUGUCUCUGGGCUUUUUCUCUCGGUUUCAGGAUCUGGAGUUCCUGUAUAUUCAAGGCUGUUUUUCACAAAUCCUUCCAAUUGGGAAUAGCCAGGGCCUUCCAAAUCUGCAAUACAUGGAGUUGAGUGGACAAUAUGCUGGGUGCUGUGAUUGCCAUAUUGGGCCUCACACAUUCAGAGAUCUAGUCAAACUAAGUAAAUUGAUCAUAUCCGGCUUUAGGUUAUCAGCAAUGGCACCAGAUGUGUUUAAUGGCAUACCUAAUUUACGAAAUGUCUCCAUUGGUAACUCCUGUGUAAAAGAUUUGUCAGAGAUACUAUGCAGAUUAAUGUAUAUAAAGUCACUUACUGAUUUAUUUGUAGAUGCACAGGAAAUACAGACAUUAAAUCAAUCAAACUGCCCAAUCUUGAACACAAAUGAGAGCAUGACACCUGUUUUUAACAACCUAACAGGGUGUUCUUUAAAAUUUGGUGAAAUAACACAUAUAGAGGAAGGUGCUCUGGCUUGUUUUAAGAACGUGACAAUUUUUGAAUCUCGGCUAAAAAAGAAACAGUUACUUCAACUUCUGCUGUCUGGAAUUAAGCAAAUUCAUUUGUUGACAAACACAGAUAAUGAACACAUUGAUUUUAAAAGCCUCUGCAAUCUAGUGUUUUUGCUUUCAAUCAAAAGAAUAGAUUUUUCUACAAACAAUCCAAUUAGAUUUUCAAUGUCCAGUGUUGACUUGUGCGUUGGACUGGAAUCUAUUGUCCUUACUACAAAUCAUGCUUUCCAUCGUAUCUCCCAAAUUAAAUGGAAUUUUAUUUCCACUCUUAAGAACGUUGAAUUCUUAUUUGUAUAUGACCGUAUAGAAAACAGUCUUGAUUUGUGCUCCUUCCAAAAACAACCAAUCACAUGGUUAACCAAUCUUGUUUUAUAUUUGAACAUACAAAUACUUUUUUCAAAUCAAUUUAGUUGUCUUGUAAACCUGAACUUCCUGAGAUAUAAUGGUAAAUUAUUAUCCAAUAUUGAAAACUAUGCUUUCCUGGGUUUGACACAUCUGGAGUACUUAGACCUGUCAAAUAAUAACAUUACACACAUCCAUGCAAAUACAUUUUUUGGUUUACAUAGUUUGACAUGGUUGGAUCUCAGGGAAAAUCCACUUAUUUGCCACAUUGAGGCACGGUCUUUCACACAUCUUACAUCUUUAAGAGAAGUGUCUCUUGGGAAAUUGAACUCUCCACUAACAGAACCUGUGAUAAAGCUAAAUCUAACACUCAUAUUUGGUGACAUUUUGAGUCAACUGACUCACCUGUAUAUUACUUCAAGUAUGAGACCAAUGUAUUUGAUUAUUGGCAGUAACAUUGAAUCCAAACAGAACCUGAGUCUUAUACUGAAAGGCCAGACUGUAACAUCUGCUGACAUCAUUUUCCACAACCUGACAAAGUUGGAGGUUCUGAAACUUUUAGACUGCAAGAUUUAUUCUAUGGAGGGUAGUUUAACUAAAGAUUUAAAAUCAUUGAAAAUAUUGGAUCUGCAAAUCGCAAACACAUAUAAUGUAUUAUACAGCUUUACUGAAUCUCUCGCUAGCCUUAAGUAUUUGGUACUUUAUGAGUUACAUUUGUUUUGCAGUUGUGACAAUGCUUGGCUUACUGCAUGGGCAAAGAGGAACAGGCAGGUUGAAGUUAUCUUGACUUCUAUUAGACACAUUAUGUGGGACAACUUGACAUGCUUGUCAGACAAUGGAAUAGACACACCUAACUUUGUCAAGUACACAGAAGCCAACUGCACAACAGAGAUAGACUUUAUUCUCUUUACUGUAACUGGCCUGGGAGUCCUGUUCUUCAUGCUGGUGGUGUUUCUCCAUAACAUGUCUGGCCACUACCUUCUUCCCCUCUACCACAUCACCCUUGGCUGGCUGUCAGAGGCCAUGAGAUCCAACACCAGGGGGCGCUACGACUACGACACCUUUGUCUCCUACAGCGGGAAGGACGAGCUCUGGGUGGUGGAGGAGCUGCUGCCCAACCUGGAGCAGAGGGGUCCCCCUUUCCUGAACCUCUGUCUGCACAGCAGGGACUUCCAGUUGGGGAAGGACAUUGUGGAGAACAUCACAGACAGCCUCUAUCGGAGCCGCCACACCCUCUGUCUGGUCAGCCGCCACUACCUUCGCAGUAACUGGUGCUCCCUGGAGUUGAAGCUGGCCACCGCCAGACUGCAGGUGGAGCAAAGAGACAUCCUCCUCCUGGUCUUCCUGGAGAAGAUCCCCCCUCGCUGGCUCUCAGCCCACCACAGACUGGCUCGUCUGGUAAAGACCAGGACCUAUCUGGACUGGCCUCAGGACCCCCAUCAGCACCAGGCAUUCUGGGACAGACUGUGGGAGAAACUGAAACCUCCCACUGAUGUUUGAAAUUAAAGUGUUAUUUAAAUACUAAGACUAAUAAUGUUGGAAGGUAUGUUGAGGUACUGAAAUGGUACAAAUUGUCUGAACACCUUCACAAAAAAGCAAGUAUCACUGACCAUUGUUGGGAUAGUGAUCACAUGAAGUCCUCUA